GUGCCCAUUCGGGCGCACGCCACAUGACAAGUGACAUUUCUCACCCACACCUGUCAAAUUAUUUGUUUAUAGCAGUGAACGAAGUAGAAAAACCAAGCACAAGAAAUGAGUGUGGUUCGAGAAAAACGCGAGACCAUCCCCCGACCACUCCCGCCCCCCGACUCCUCCAAAGCCAUCACACCGGAGGACGUCCUCCGGCUGACGAAAAUAACAGAAACGUAUUUGUGCGACCCGGACGCCAACAUCUACGACAUUGACUUCACCAGGUUCAAAAUCAGGGACCUGGAGAGCGGCGCCGUCCUCUUCGAGAUCGCCAAACCCCUGCCGGAGAACGUUGACGAAAACGACAAAAAUCCCGAAAGUGGGGACGAAGCCAUCGACCCCAAUUCGGGGCGCUUUGUGCGCUAUCAGUUCACGCCACAGUUUCUCAAAUUGAAGACAGUGGGGGCCACGGUUGAAUUCACGGUGGGUGGCAGGCCUGUCAAUAGGUUUCGCAUGAUUGAGAGGCACUUCUUCAGGGAUAAGUUGCUCAAAACGUUCGAUUUUGAGUUCGGGUUUUGCAUUCCAUACUCGAGGAACACGUGCGAACACAUCUACGAAUUUCCAGUGCUGCCACCCGAUUUAGUGAAUGAGAUGAUCGCCUCUCCUUUCGAGACCCGUUCGGACAGUUUUUACUUCGUCGAUGAUUUUCUAAUAAUGCAUAACAAAGCCGACUACGCUUACAAUGGAGGAAUGUCAACAUAAAAAACCUCGAAAAAGUUAUACAGGGUUGUUACAAUAAAUUUCGAUGUAUACACACCGAUUCACAUUUUUUGUGUUUGCACUGUUGUUCCACGAUAGCUUUGAACGAGAUAAUACUAUAGCACUGCAGCUUUUUUCUACAAUCAUUUGGUUUGUAGAAGGCAGAAAAUUUAUUAAUCAAAGUGAAUACGCAAUAAAUUAGAUGUGUUUGUUGCACAACAAACAACGUGCAGCGAAAAAAUCAGGUAAUGAUUUCUAGGGGUUUAAACACUUGUUUCAUUAGGAAUGUGAUAAAUUUAAAUGUGUUCUAAAUUGUGCAUUUAUUUAUAAAAUAUACCAUUGACUGAUUAA